AGUCCCAAAUACAGGGGUUGGACUAAGCAGCCUCUGGGGUUCCUCUUGCUCUGAUUCUCUUCCAUUUUAUGUAUGGGGAGGUGAAUUCUGAGAUCCAUGGUUGCUGAAUGCCAAGACUCAGGCUGUAGCCUGGGCCUCCUGACUUCCCCUGCUCACUGUCUUAAGCCUUCCCUUGGGAUUCUUUUAUCCUCCCUCUUUCCUAUUCCCUCAGGAAGUAUGGGCCUCUCCAGCAAAUGGCUGCUUCCCCACAGGCCAUCCCCAGAAGCCCUCACUCAUUCCCCAGCCUAUGACCAUCCUCCCUCUUUUCUCUCCACUGCUCCUCACCUUGAGAAGCUAUUUGCAGGAACUGCCUCAGCUUUCCUCCCUGAAACUGCUCUAUCUCUCAGGGCCCCAGGGAUCUCUUAAUUGCCAGAUCUGAGAGUCUCUUCUCCAAAGUUGUCCUUCUGGGUACCCCUGCAAUCUUUUACACUUUGAUUCCUUUUCUUCUCCUUUCUCUGAGCUGUUCUUUGGUUCUCCUUGAUUACUCCUCAGUCUCCUUUACCAGAACUUUGAGUCACCCCCACUAACCCUGAGAGAGUAUGCCCCUCGAUGGAAGCUCUUUGUGGAGAUGCUGGUAAAGAGCCUGGCUGAGGGCACCCCCUUCCACCAGAGCCAGUUUGAGAGUGAAGCCUUGCUAUUGGGACAGAACUUUGUACUGGGGAGGAAGAAGUUCCCCAUUCAACCUCAGGGUGACACUGUUGACCUUGUCAAGAAACUUUUCUUCAGGUAUUACCCAAGGUGUCAAGCAGGAGCUGUAUGACCCACCCCCUCACCUGUGCCACCUGGAUUCUCCAGUAGUUCCUUAGACUCUCUUGGGACCCUGAAUCCUACCAGUGGCCUAACUUGGGAUCCUUGGGAAGAGAUCAGUUUAUAAACCAUGGACAGUUCUUGCAGAUGGUCUCUCUCCUUUGUUGUGUCUGGUUCCUGGAUUCAGGAUUUGGACUGAGCUCUUUGAAGAGUGGGGAGGGAAGAAGAGGGAAGGUGUAGCAUAGAAAGUAGAUCCUGUGAAUUGAGAGUAUGGAGGAGAUUCUCCAUGCCAUUCUCUCCUAUUCCAGAUAUGUAAAUCAAACCAUUGUUUUCUCAUUCAAUCAAUAAAUCAGUAUUUCAGCAUGUCUCUCUAGGUUUAUCCUCAGAGGGUCCAAGUAGCAGUGUGUAUACUUAGAAUAAUAAAGUGGAGAAGACUAAGUCUAUCCUCUCUCUCCUCUCUCCUUAGCUUUGAAAGCAGCUGUAUUUGGCUCUAGGCUGCUGCCCUUUGCUUCAGUUUCCCCUACUCAGCCUUCAGAGGUGGUAAGAUCUCUGUGAUGCUUGCCAGCAGAUUAAGCUUGGGGAGAAAGGAGGAGUGAAGAAUGGGGCAGUGAAAGCUCACUGGCCUUGAGAUAAUGAAGUAGACACAACAAAGGAGAUUGAGGGCUUCAGAAAAAGAAGGGGCCUUGGGGCUCAAGGGCUGAGCCAGUCUGCAUCCUAGUCUUUUUUGCUUCUGAUUCCUUCCAACCAAUUCUUGGUCUGUCUCUAAUCUGUCCCUUCCUGGUCUCUCUGUCCUUUCUCUAUGGAGAGAAAGGUAGUUCUCAUCACAGGCUGUUCCUCCGGAAUUGGUCUGCAUCUGGCUCUGCGCCUGGCCAGUGAUCCUUCAGGCAGCUUCAAAGUGUAUGCCACUCUCCGGGACCUCGAGUCUCAAGGUCCUUUGUGGGAAGGAGUAAGAGCUAGAGGCUGCCCUCCAGGCUCCUUGGAGAUACUACAGCUCGAUGUGACCGACUCCAGUUCUGUGGCAGCUGCCCGAGACCAUGUGACUGAGGGCCACAUGGACAUCCUGGUGUGUAAUGCUGGUCAUGGCCUGCUCGGGCCACUGGAAGCCCACUCAAUAGAGGCUGUGGGCUCUGUGCUGGACGUGAAUGUGAUGGGGACUAUCCGAAUGCUCCAAGCUUUCCUUCCCGACAUGAAACGACGCCGAGCUGGCCGGGUGCUUGUCACUGGGAGCGUUGGCGGGCUGAUGGGCUUGCCCUUUAACGCAGUUUACUGUGCUAGCAAGUUUGCCCUGGAAGGUCUAUGCGAGAGUCUGGCUAUACUACUGCAGCCCUUCGGAGUCCACAUCAGCCUCAUAGAGUGCGGCCCUGUACGCACCGCUUUCCAAGAGAAGUUAGAGAGGGGUCCUGGCGGAGUACUGGGAAGCGCCGACUUGGAAACCCGGGCUCUCUUCUCCCGCUACCAGCGGCACUGUGAGCGGCUCUUCUGGGAGGCGGCACAGGACCCUGAAGACGUGGUGGAGGUGUUCGUUCAAGCGCUCCGCGCCCCUUGCCCCGUCCUGCGCUAUUUCAGCACUGAGCGAUUUCUGCCAUUAGCCAGACUCCGAAUUUCUGAUCCUGGAGGCUCUCAAUACGUAGACGCCAUGUACCGCACUGUUUUCUCCGAGCCGGAGGAGGAGGAGGCCAGUCGUGAAUACGGUGGAACUGAAGGCCCCUGAGUUAGAAUCGCCCGGUUUUUUGUUGUUGUUGUUGUUUUUGUUUUGUUUUGUUUGUUUGUUUGUUUUUUGUUUUUUUAAGCAGACACAUGCUUAGUAAAGUAACUUGGUCUACAUAUACUAAAUAA